CGUUCCAAGUAACACAUCCAAAAUGAAAUUCCUGGUUGUCGCCGUCGCCCUGCUGGCCGUUGCCCACGCCGAUGUCUCCCACCUGUCGGGUUACAACUACGCUCCCGUGAGCGUGCCAGCCCCGGCCCCAGCUCCUCUGCCCGUGAAGGUGGCCCCCGCUCCCGCCCCUGUGAACACCUACAUUCCCCCAGCACCUGCACCAGCCCCCAUCCAGAUUGAGGUUCCUCAGCCAGCACCAGCCCCGGCUCCAGUUGCCAUCCCUGCUCCCGUGAAGGUGGCUCCCGCCCCUGCCCCAGUGAACACCUACAUCCCACCUGCACCCGUCCAUGUUGAGGUUCCCGCCCCGGCCCCAGCUCCAGUUGCCAUCCCUGCCCCCGUGAAGGUGGCUCCUGCUCCUGCCCCGGCUCCCGUCAACACCUACAUUCCUCCCGCACCCGUGAGCAUCCCUGCUCCCGCCCCCGUCAAGGUCGCCCCUGCCCCUGCCCCCGUGCCCGUCCUGGCUCCCCAGCCCGUCCUGGAGGAGAUCGAGCCCGUGGCCGCCGAUGGCUACCGUUACAAGACUGUGCGUCGUCGUGUCAUCCGCCGCCGUUACUAA